UUUAUUUUGAAGAUCAUUUGCCCUUUUUGCUCCACAAACUUCGGCAAAAUGGAGCAUCUAAUUCCAGUAAUCAACAAAUUGCAAGACGUCUUCAAUACUGUUGGAUCUGAAACAAUCCUACUGCCACAGAUCGUAGUGAUUGGUGCCCAGAGUUCUGGUAAAAGCUCUGUGUUGGAAGGCCUCGUGGGACAUGACUUCCUGCCCCGAGGAACUGGUAUCGUGACAAGGCGACCCCUUGUCCUACAGCUGAUUCAUGUCAGCCCUGAUGACAAGGAGACAAGAGCAGCUGAUGGAGAUGGUGGUACCCAGGAGGAAUGGGCCAAGUUCCUGCACACGAAGCAGAAGGUCUACACUGACUUUGAUGAGAUCCGGAAGGAGAUUGAAGCAGAGACAGACAGAAUGGCAGGAUCAAACAAGGGAAUAAUCGAGGAUGCUAUCCACCUGAAGAUCUUCUCCAACAAAGUAGUCAACCUGACCUUGGUAGAUCUGCCCGGCAUCACCAAAGUCCCCGUUGGUGACCAACCAGAGGAUAUCGAGUUACAAAUCCGAGAUAUGUGUGUGAAAUAUAUCAGUAACCCCAACUCAAUUAUACUCAGUGUUACGUCAGCUAAUACCGAUAUGGCGACGUCCGAAUCUUUGAAGUUAGCCAAGGAAAUCGACCCUGAUGGUCGUCGUACUCUUGCCGUUGUCACAAAGCUUGACUUGAUGGACGCCGGUACCGAUGCCCUGGACGUGUUAUGUGGCCGCGUUAUUCCCGUCAAACUAGGAAUUAUCGGUGUGGUCAAUAGAAGUCAGGCCGAUAUCAAUACAUCUAAGAAUAUUGGUGAUGCGUUGAAAGACGAAAGCUCGUUUCUACAGAAGAGGUAUCCAGCUAUUGCUAGCAGGAAUGGUACGCCGUAUCUGGCCAAGACUUUAAACCGGCUGCUAAUGCACCACAUACGAGACUGUCUUCCCGAGUUGAAAACGCGUGUGAAUGUAAUGGCUGCCCAGCACCAGUCGCUGCUCAACUCUUAUGGUGAAGCUGUAGAGGAUAAGGGCCAGUUACUACUUCAGGUCAUCACCCGCUUUGCGUCUGCUUAUAAUAACACAAUUGAAGGAACAGCUCGUAAUAUAGAAACAAGUGAACUAUGUGGGGGAGCCCGAAUAUGUUACAUCUUCCACGAAACAUUCGGCAGAACUUUAUUGUCGGUCGACCCAUUAGGUGGUUUAUCCGCUCUAGAUGUCCUUACAGCUAUACGAAACGCCACUGGAACGCGGCCUGCGCUGUUCGUACCGGAGAUUUCGUUCGAAUUAUUAGUAAAACGUCAAAUUCGUCGUCUGGAGGAGCCGAGUCUGCGCUGUGUAGAACUCGUCCACGAAGAGAUGCAGAGAAUUAUUCAGCACUGCGGGACCCAGCAGGAGAUGUUACGAUUUCCUAAACUUCAUGAAAAGUUGGUCGACGUUGUGACUGCGUUGCUCAGGCGGAGAUUACCGACUACUAAUUCAAUGGUUGAAAACUUAGUGUGUAUAGAACUUGCCUACAUCAACACGAAGCACCCGGACUUCACCGAGGCCUCGUUGGUGCACCGGACGUUGACGGAGAAUCUAGCUGCUGAUGCGGAGAGAAGGAGUAGUAAACAGACCAUUCAUGAAGACAAGGAAUUACCAGUAAUGAAUGGUCCUGGAAGUGGUUCUUGGAGGAGCUGGGGGCGCAUGGCCAAGGGUGACUCAUUGGGACCAGAUAGUGCAGCAUCUAGCCAGCCAAACAGCAUCAGUAACUCGCCCCUUCACCCACCGGGAAAGACGACUCCACAGAAGGGAAUCAACCUCCUCCCUGAAGUUCCGACUGAUGCUACUGCCAGGAAGCUCUCCACCCGAGAACAGCGGGACUGUGAAGUCAUCGAGCGUUUGAUCAAAUCGUACUUCCUCAUCGUCCGAAAAAAUAUCCAGGACAGCGUGCCGAAGGCAAUAAUGCACUUCUUAGUAAACUAUGUGAAGGACAAUCUGCAGAGUGAAUUAGUUAGUCAGCUUUAUCAGACGAAUUUGAUAGAUAAUCUCUUGAUGGAGUCGGAACAUAUAGCAGCUAGGCGGCGCGAGGCACAGGAAAUGUUAAAGGCAUUAACGAAGGCUAGCCACAUAAUCAGCGAAAUACGCGAGACACAGAUCUGGUGAGGACAAUGACAUUAGCGAGCAUGUUAGUCUGUGUUAACAACUCUGGUGGUGGCCAAAUGUGUACUACAAACUAUACAAACUGCUUGCGGCAGACACUUGGAUGGAAUGAUGACAAUUUCCUUGAGGUGUGAAUUCUCAUGUCUAUCACGAAAUCCCUCGUUGCCAGUGGAUUACAUGUCAGAUAGGUCAAAAACUAUAAUUUACACCAAUUCACUUCUUUCCUGAUCAGCGUUCUUAGUGAUGAAGCUUAGAGGUGGGGAAGGAAAAUUACCGACUUGGAGUCAACCUGUGAUGUUUCCUACAGAAUGUCAGUUGUGUCAUCGGAAUCAACCGUGGCUGACUGUUAAUCUUGGCAAGGUUCAGCCUCUCCACCAGCAGCUGUGCUAAUCUGGAAAUAGACGCAUUGGGUGAGACAUGAUUUGGGCCUAAAAUAAUCCAUGGUCUGCUGUCAGCAGUUAUCUAUCUGUUGGUUUCAGUGACAAUGAAUAACACUGGUCAGUUGUAACCAAAUGAAAACUCUUGUUGACUCCUGUAUAUAUUUAUACCAUUUAUACUGUAAAAUAUGAUAAUUCUAUCUAAAAUAAUCAAUGUGAUGUCUCUGUGUAAAGGAAUGGUUUCCAUGGCUACUACUUGUAAACAAUAAAGUUACUGGGUUUUUUUCCGGUGUGAAAUGGGGAGGCGACUGCUAGAUAUUAUGAAUGCCAAAAAUGAUCAUCCACGAAGUAGUCAGUUUAUCUCAUGUGUACUGUUUAUUUUUUGACUCGCUUAACAGCAUAGCUACCGGUGCUCACAACAAUAACAAUACAGUGUAUAGAUAUAGGACGAUGGAUAAUCUACGGGACAUAAUGGCCAAAUGGCGUAGCAUCAAAUGCAGAGGUGGCGGGCUCAUUCGUUGAUGACAGCGGAGAACUUGUAUCAAAAAAGCAUGUUUAAAACUGGCCAAAUGUUCAAAUGAUAUUUAUACUGUCAACUGAAAACCGGGAUAAAGUAGGUAUGUGUCGGCAUCCAAUUCUGCUCAACUUGUAAAGUAUUUUCUUUUGUCUUGUUUAAAAAGUGCAUUUGUUUUGCAAUUCUAGUUCUUUUUCAUUGUGAGAAUGUUUUGUUCUCUUUAAGUUGUUUAUAUUAUGUGCUGUUUCAUUAGCUUGGUAGAAGUACCCGCCGAUAUAUAACAGGAAUCAUAGAUUUAAUCGUACAAAAAUGCCAAAUACGACAUUUACACCACUCAGUGAUGUUGUGUUGUAGGUGGUUGACGUGAAAUCCUUUCGUGAUGGGAUCAGCAGAGACAUUUUGGGAAGGUGCAUGGUCCAAUUUAGCUUUUCCCAGAGAGUAAUAGAUUGCGAGUUGGAUGGUUUGAGACAUGAAAUUAGGCAAAAGUUCUUGUAUAAUACAUGUAUGAUGAUGAAAAAGACGAGCUGAGCUUAAGGUGCAGCUUAGGAUGCCAUUAACAUGACAACUCUUGAGCCAUUGGCCGAGGCUUGAUUGAUAUUUUUGCCUGGUGUACAUUGUACAUAUUCAUAUUUUUGUGUGUGGAUACAUGCAAAAACCAUUGCUGUAUUUAUUUUGUAUGAGUAAAGAUUAGCAUGCCAGACAGCUUGUGGUUGAGUGUACAUGUAUUAUGAAAUGAAAAUACAUGUAAGUGUUGUAUUCAAAGAAUCUAGAUGCAUACAUGUACAUUCAGACAUGUUACAGUGUAGAUAGAAUUUUACAGGUUUCUUGGAAUCUGAAUUUUUUUGUCUUUCAAUGUACAUAUAUAUGUGGAUUUGUAAAAAAGAGGAUGUUACGCAUAGUGAUGGGCAAUAUCAGACCGUCCUUCAUCGAAUGGUAUGUGCAUCUUUUUCCUCUCGGGGAUUUUUUGAUUGGACAACUUGCUCCCUGACUAGGACUUGGAAGAAAUUGAACGAGUGAACCUCUCCUGCUGGGAAAAUGAAAACCAUAUGUCUGAGUAUGCAGAAGCUGUGUGAUAAAGAACCGAUGGUAGAAUAGGAUGCAAAUAAAACCACUGUAUAUAAAUCAAGAUCA